AUGGUAGAAGGGGUUGCGUCGGAAGUCGUUGAUCCCAACACCAUGACCACCGUAGACAUGGAUGUCGAGAAUGUCGAGGCUGCUGACAACGGCGGCGAGUCUAACCAGAAGCGUGCCAGGGAGGACGAGGAGGCCCUGGUCGACGACGUUUCGAAGAAGCCAAAGGUGGACGAAGAAAAGUCCGUUGAGGAACAACGGUUGGAGAAGUGUGAUGAACAGGAAGAAAAAGAAAAGGAAGCAGUGGAAGGGAAAAAAGCCGAAGCAGAAACAGAGGGAAAAGAAGAAGAGAAGGACGCGACUUGUCCAGUGCAGUUGGGAUACAAGAGCUUCGGUUCUUCUACGGAGAUGUUCCAUUACUUCUACAAUAUACUUCAUACCUGGCCUCAAUAUCUUAAUAUUAACAAGUAUGAACAUCUGAUGUUGUUGGAAUUGCUUAAGAACGGUCAUGCAGAGCCUGACAAAAAGAUUGGUGGGGGCAUUCGUGCUUUCCAAGUUCGCAAGCACCCUACCUACAAAAGUAGGUGCUUUUUCCUCAUCAGGGAGGAUGACUCAGCCGAUGAUUUUAGCUUCAGGAAGUGUGUGGAUCACAUUCUUCCCUUGCCAGAAGAGAUGCAUUUGAAAUCUGAUGCGAACAAGGCACUAGGUGGUGGUGGUGGUGGUGGUGGAGGAAAGCAUCAUGGACAUGGAGGAAAGGGUGGCAGAGGGAGGGGUGGAAGAGGAGGUGGGCGUGGUGGUCAUGGGAGAGGAGGAAAGUGGAGACAUUAA